CUGAACAAUCUACUUAAUUGCGUAAACUCUGCACCUAGAUUCUCUGCCGCAGACGUUGCAGGGUUGUCCCGCGUGCAAGCACCACGCAACAUGACUCCGAGACCUAGGCGACUUUCGUGUACUAAGUAGCCCGGGCCACUUGCCCCGCGCGUUCACUAGCGGGCGGGCCCUUCGGAGGCGCGGAUGCAGAACGGAGCACAGGCCACUGGCGCCGUGGCCUUUGCUCCCACCGUUCCACAAGCAGCUACUCAGCCAGCAGCGUUUGUCUGGCCCAUAGCGCAGGGGACAGCAGCGACUGGUCAAGGCAUCGGUGGGACAGUCGCAAGCGCGGCACCCACCGCGCAGGCCCUGCCAGCGACAAUUUAUGCAACAACAGUAGGAGAGUCCACCGGAGUGCCUCAAGCUCAGCCGAACCCUUUCUUCUCGGCGCAUCUUGCGCACCUGUCGCCGAGCGGGAGCGACACGCCCAACCCCGCUCAAGCAGCUCCCGCGCCAGGUGCCGCUACCAGCGCCUUCGCCGGAAUGUGGCCACAAGCGUUUCCAGGCCUACAGCCGCAGGACCCUGCUACUGCGGCGGCCUGUGCAGCGGCCCAAGCUCAGGUGGUGGCUGCACAACCAGCGGCGGCUCUGGCGCCAGCAGCCAAUGUCACAGCGCCGGCUCCUGCGGCGGUGCCAGCUGCCGCUGACCCGGCAGCAGCAGCGGCGGCCGCGGCAGCGGCGGCUCCGGCAACAGGGGCGGCGGCCGUGACGCCCCAGCAGCUAAUGAUGAUGCAGCAGUUCCUGGUUGCGCAACAGCACCAGCAACAACAACAGCAGGCGGCGGCGGCCGCCGCCGCGGCUGCUGCUGCUGCUGCUGGGGCCGCCGCCGCUGCAGCCCCUGCCACGGCGGCGACGGUGGACCCGGCGGCCGCGCAGGCGACAGCGGACGCCAUGCAGCAGGCCACCACAGGCGGGCUCUCCUUAGCUCGCAUGACUAAUGCCGCCGCAGACGCGUCCGCGGCCAUGCCGCCGGCGGCACCGGCUGUGCCACGGCCGCCCAUGCCGGCCGCGGUGGCGCCGGCGGCCGCCACGGCCGCGCCAGCUGCCGCGCCGGCCGCUGCCGCCGCCAACCCGGCCAUGAUGUGGCCUGCGGCGUUCAUGAAUCCCUGGACCAGCAUCUUCAUGUCCAUGGGCUACCCGCCCGCCACGGCCGCAGCCAUGGCCACCGCGCACCAGCAGACACAGCAGCAGCAGGCCGCAGCCGCCGCAGCUGCGGGCGCGGCAGCGCCGGCUGCCGCAGCGCCAGCCGUACCCACGGCAGCGCCGCCGGCUCAACAGGUGACCGCUGCCCCCGUGCAAGCACCUGCCCCGGUCGCGCAAGACCCAGCCGCUGCAGCUGCGGCAGCGGCGGCGGCAGCAGCCGCUGCAAAUCCCGCGGCCGCCGCUGCCGCCGCGCCCAACCCGCUUCUGCACAUGUUUACUGGGCAGGCGGCGGCCGCCCCCGUGGCGGCGCCGCAGGCUCAAAUGCCCACCAUCGCUGCGCCGCACCCCUACGGCACGGACCCCGCAACCGUGGCCGCGGCAGCAGCCUCCAUUGCAGCCACCCAGCACCAGCACCAGCACGCCGCCGCGCAACCCGCCGCGGCGCCCGUGGUGCCGGCCGCCGCCGUGUCCGCCACCGCGCCGGCCGCCGCCGCAGCCAUGAUGAUGAACCCGCAGGCUGCGGCCGCGGCCGCGGCGCAGCAGCAGGCGGCGGCCGCCGCCAUGCUGCAGCACAUGUGGCGGCCUGCGGCGUUUGGGUUCAUGGGUAUGCCCGGCAUGCUGGCAGGGCUGGGCAUGAUGCACCCCGGCAUGAUGCACGCGGGCAUGGUGCCGGGCAUGCAGCCGCACCAGGCCGCAGCUAUGAUGAGCGCCUACUAUGCCGCCGCAGCCGCACACCAGCAGCAGCACCAGCAGCAGCAGCAACACCAGCAGCAACACCAGCAGCACCAGCAGCACCAGCACGCUGCCGGAGCAGCGGCCGCAGUGGUGCCCAUGGCCGCGCCCGCGGUGGCGCCGGCGGCGAUGCCGGCAGCAACUGCCGCCUCGGCGGUGCCACACGCCACAGCGGUGUCGCCGUUCCCCAGCCUGUUCCAGUCGGCGCCUGUCCCCGGUGCACCGGGCCCCGCCGGCGUGCCCAUGCACGUGCCCAUGCCGCACGCAGGCAUGCCUGCCGCUCCCGUUGCCCCCAAGCCUGAGCCGAUGACAGCAGCUGGCGCAGGAGGAUCGGCAGCUGGGGGCGCAGCAGCCGCGCCCCGCGCUGCGCGCGGCGGCUCGACUCGCAGCCGCGGCGGUCGGGGCGGCGCGCGGGCCCAACAGCAGCACCACCACCAGGCGGCUCCGCCGCCACCAGCCACCGCCGCGCAGGCGGCCGCCCAGGCCCACAACAUGCUGCGGCUGCACAGCGUGGCCAGUGCCGACCUGGUGGGUGUGGAGGCGCUGCAGCUGCUGGCGGCGAGCCCGCCCUCCAGCCCGCUGCACCACGGCCACCACGGCGAGGCCGCCGCGGGCGGUGGCGCGGCCGGCGCCGCGGCGACAGGCACCGGCACCGGCGGGCGGCGGCUAUCGGGCGGGUCGGGCGCGAGCGACACCACGGGCGCGGGCGCCGCCGCGGGCGGCGGCGGCGGUGGCGGCGCCGGCAGUGAGGUGGUCGACGGCGUGAAGGUGGAGCCGGGCGCCGCUGGGCACCACCGCCGCUUUGACCUGCCCGACCCGGCGCCAGUGGCCGGCGCGCCCGGCGGCAGCGGCGCCGCGCCCGGCUCUCUGCUCGACCGGCAGCGGCUGCUGCACCUCGCCACCACCGGCGUGCAGCGCGUGCGCUCCCGCCGCCCCGCGCCGGUGCCGUUUGAGGAGGAUGCGGAGCCCCUGCCGCUGCCGCUGCCGCUCCCCGCCGGCGCCAAGCGCGCCCGCUCGGCGACGAAGCGCCGCGGCCGGGCGUCGCCGACGCCCGGGGGCGCGCUGGCAGCGGUGCUGCCGGAGCUCAUUGACGCGGCCGCGGACCGUGCGCAGGAGGCGGCUACGGCGGCGGCGGGCGGCCGGCGCGUGCAGUGGGCGGCGGCGGUGGAGAGCGAGGAGGAGCGCGGCGAGGACGAGGAGGAGGCCGCCGAGGGCGCUGAGGGCGGUGGCGGCGCCGGCGCUGAGGGCGGCGAGGAGGCGUACGAGUGGAACGGUGAGGAGGAGGAUGAGGAGGACGGCGUCGAUGCGGGUGCGGAGGAUGACGACAGCGAUGAGGACUACGGCGAGCGGAGGCGCCGUGGCCGCCGUGGGAGCAGUAAGAAGCGCCGCGGCGGCGCGGCCGGCGGUGGCGCCGCGCGCGGCGGCCGCCGCGGCAGUGGAGCUGUCGCUGCCGCCGCGGCGCCCAUCAGCAGCGAUGGCGACGGCGAUGGUGAGGAUGAGAACAUGGGGAGCGAGGACAUGGGCGGGCAGGACGGCGAGGAUGGCGAGGACGGCGACGGCCGCCGCGGCAGCCGCCGCAACGGCCACGGCCGGCCGCCGGGCGCGGGCAACCUGCGCAAGAUGAAGCCUCGGCGCGUGCAGUCGGACGGGCGGCUGGGCUUCGCCAUGCGCUCGCAAAAGUACACGGGCGUGUACCGCACCCCCGGCGGCCGCUGGCGCGCGCAGUUCUGCUACCGCGGCGCGGUGCACCAGCUGGGCAUGUACGACACGGAGCGCGAGGCGGCGGCGGCGUGGGACCAGGCAGUAGUCACCUUCCGCGGCCACUCCUCGGGCGUGCAGCUCAACCUGCCGCACCUGCUCAACAGCUACGACCUGCAGGACGUGCGCGAGCAGAUCCACCAGAUCCUGGAUUCCAAGAUCGCCACCACGCGCACCAAGCGCUGCAUCAACAGCUACGCCCGCAACCCGCCCGGCCCUGCCAGCCCCAGCCGCGUGGUGCCGGCGGCGCUGAUGGAUGUGCUGCCCGGAGAGAAACUGCCGGCAGGCGGCGUGGCGGGUGGCGGCGCCGGCGGUGAUGGCGGCGGCGUCGGGACGGACGGCGGCGGCAGCGGCCCGGCGUCAAGUGGCGGCGGCGGCGGCACGCGCCGCGCGCGCACGCGCGGCGGGGCGGCGGGCGGCGGCGGUAGCGCGGGCGGCGGCUCGAGGCGGCGGCAGCGCGGCGGCAACAGCAGCUCGGAGGACAGUGGCGGCGGCAGCGACGGCGGCGAGGGGCGGCGGGGGCGGGCGCGGCAGCGGCGGCGGGUGCCAGUGCCGGCGCAGCUGGUGGAGGGCGCGGGCGCGGGCUCGGGGGACGAGGGCAAUGGCGACCUUGGCCUCGCGGCUGAGAGCGAGGUGGCGGGCGCGAUGCCCUCGGGCGGCGCGGGCGGCGGCGCGGGCAUGGACGUCGGCGGCGCGGCGGCUCUGGGCCUGGCGGCGCUACGCCGGCAGCAGCGGCAGCACCUGCCGCCUGCGACCGCACCAGCGCACCCGCACCACCACGGCACGGGCGCAGGUGGAGCAGCGGACGCGGCGGCAGUCAACGCCGCCGCCGCGGCGCUGACGGCGCUGCCGCAGGCGGCCGGGCACGCGCCUGCCGACGAGUACGGCCCCGGUGCCGGUGGCGCCGACGGCGCGGGUGGCGGCGGGCGCCGUGGUGAGACCAGCAGCGGCUAUGACGGUCCUGACCUUCUUGACCCGCAUGACCUGCUGUGGGACGUCACGGAACACCGGGUGCGGGCGCAGUCACCCAAGCGGCACCGCAAGAGCCAUGCCUACCGCUCACCCGACUACUGAGGCUCCACAGGCCCGCACAGCCUUCAAGGCUGGCGCCGCCGUGUUGGGUGUUGAAGAGGCCUGUCAGCUGCCGUGGGCGAACAGGGCGGCGGCGGCGGCGGAGCAGCGUCAUUGACUGCGCUGCCGCCCGCUGCUUUGCACCGCCAGCGUGCGCGACUGAGCCCGCCGAGGCCGCCGUGCGUGUAGAGUUCGGUGCGAGUGGCCCCAAAGCUGCAGACGAGUGCGGCUCGCAAGGAAAGCCCUGGAUCGCGUUGCGCGGCGUGGCAGCUGGAGCAAAUGAGAGAUUGGCAGUGGGCUGGAAAGAGCUCUGAUUUGCCUCUGUCCUCCUGCGCGUAUGUGUCAUUCCGUGUCGAUUUGUCUCGUGCGUUUGACCCUCCAAUUCAUCCCCUUGACGGCUGGCGCGGCACCUGGUGCGUUAACAGGGCGCCGCGUGGUGCGGGCUGUGCUGUGCGAAGCCCCCGCCCCGGCAUGCGCCCAUAAACCCCUCAUACAUAUGGCAAGAUAAAUACGGGGCUGGCUGUGUCGUGACACUCUGAUGAAUGCGUGUGAUGCGUGGGCGUGUGCUAGAGAAGGGUCCAUAUCUUCGUGACUGUGUGUCAGUUGCUGUGCAACAGCUAGGCGUAGGUCGGUCGGCUGCGCUGCAGAGGAGGGUGCCUUGUUCAACGGGGAGACCGCUCCGAGAGGACGUCUUGUGAACCUUGCUGCGAUGGAGCGCUUAGGCACGGGCAGCGCAUGAAUGUGUAUGUAGUGGUGGGAAUAUGACCUUCGCAUGGCGCCCGUUCGCAUCUGACUUAGUGCUGGUUCAGCCGCCGGAGGAUUGAGGGCGGCCUGCGCGUAGAAGGGCACGGCAAGCGCGCCCGCUAGCGUGUGUGUACAAGCGUGACGCUCGCAACGGUGCGCAAGUCUGCAGCGAAUGCUGGCAGAUCAUGCGGCAAAGGACGCUGAUUGCGACAUAAGGACAGAGGAUUGCCAGAAACGCCAUGGAACGGAGUGUGUCUCGUGCUGUUUGCAAGGCGCUGGCUAGCCCUUCUAAGGCGAGGCUGCCGGCGUAUGGUCUGGCAUGGCACGGCGCAACAGGCUGUGAGGUACCAGGGUUGCAUAACGUCUGCACGCACUCCAAUUACGGCCCCAGGUGUGGGGCAUAAUUGCAGAUUUCGUUUGCCGUCAUGUUUCGGAGCCAUCGGUCCGGGAACACACACCUGGCACCCAGCCUCCAUGCGAUUGGGGGCGAAUGCAUGAUGGAUGUGUGUAGCUUUGCACUCGGCGGUGGGGCUGGUAGCCGCAUCACACGCCACAUCCAUGUGUUGAAACAAACAAGGCACCAAACGCGACAUCAACGGCACGCUUUCAUGUGCAUUAGGACGGGACGGUGUGUGUUAUGUGUCUAACUGCGAUGCAGCUGUCUCCUGAGUGGUCCACGUAUGCGUGUGCGUUUGACCUGUUGAUACGCAGAAUCUUACGGGUGGGAAUUCGUACGCGUGGGGGAAUUGGAUACAUAUGGCCUGACAAUAUGUCGCAUGCAGAUGGGGUUCAGCACUUUGUGGCGUUGCGCGCCUGGGCUUGGGGGUCCGUGUCAACUUUCUUAGACCGAAUUGCGCUGAGGGGCUUAGGAAUGAGAGAGGCAUGGGCGACCUCCACCCGUGUCUACACACGAGUAUUAAUUAGCACUGACCUGUUGGACGGAGAGCGUGUUCUGUUUAUGUUGGGUCGCAGGCAGUCCUGUUGCGGAUGCGGGUCGGGAAGGCAGCUGGCGGGUCCUCGGCGCGCAACCCUCAUCAGCACACAACGGACCGCCUGCCACUGUAUGAUUAGCUUGAUUGCAUUGGUUGGUUUGAGCUAUUUGGUCAUGUCACGUGUAGUGAGCUAGUAUCAUGUUAAAGGCAUGCCGCAUACCGUAUGGUCAAGUGAACUGUUGCCACAUUGUGGAUGUGUGCUCGGCCCUUUGCGAGGGCGCUGCGUUCUGUAAACCUACUUUCUU